CUGACUGACUGAGGCUCCUUGGACCUUGGGUUUAUAUUUGCAGUUGACGAACCCCCCACAGAAACCCUAGAACUUGCCCCAAAUCAACAAAGCGAAAGAAUGUUAGCCCUGCGAAAACUAAAAACCCUAAACCCCCAAAUCGAAACCCUAGCUUAUCAAUUCACCCAAAAAUGCUUCGUGAGUGGAACAGCAAAAGGAAAAGCCAAGCUCAAAACGGGUCAAAUCCUUAAACGCUCUACUGUCUCCACCAAGAAAGGCGCUGCCCCACCCGAUUCCUCCAAAGGGCCGGGUCCGAGAAAAUCGGAGUUCGAACAAAUGGUCGACGAUUGUCUCCGAGCAACUGCGCCUGUCCGACAUCUCAAACCCAAGGAGAGGGCCAGGGAAGCAAUGCGUGAGAAGAUGGGGCUUGUUUCGGAAUCUCGAAAACUCGAGAUACAGAAGCUGAAGAAGCAGAGUAAAAUGCAGGAAGAGGAUAAGCCUGGAAUAAUUGGGACACCUGGAUUGGAUUUGAUUACUCUAGGCUUAGUGAAUGCGGAUGAGAUACCCGAGUAUAAGUUGACUGCUGAGGAUGGGAAGAAGCUUGCGAAAGAGUAUUCGAGGAUUUUGAUGAGGAAACAUAGGGCUAGACAGGCUGCGGAGACUAAUUUGUUGAAGUGUAAGAAGGCAGCGAUUGAGGCAUUACCGGAGGAGUUGAAGAAGGCUGCGCUAGUGCCUGAUUUUGCUCCAUUUCCUAUGAAUAGUUUUAUGGCAACUCUGACUCCGCCAAUUGAAGGUUACAUGGAUAAGAUUAAUGAGGCUGCUAAGAGGAAAGUCGGGAAGGAGAAGCUUAGGUGAUUUGGUUUGAGGUUAGGCAUGCGGAUUAUUUGUGAUAUCUUAUCUGCUCGCUUAAUUUGUCUUUCUUGAUAACUGUUUCUAAGCCGGUAAUUCUCGGUUUUAUAUUGUUAUGGAUUCUGUUUCUGGUGAUUUAUAUGGAUGAACUAAAUAAAAGAGAAUAUCUUUUGAUUUU